UUCGGCACAAAAAAACCAUAAAAAUCAUGUCACUUUCCGUAGGAUUAUGUAGCCACAGAAUGUUUUUUAAAUCACUUUCAGCCAAUUGAGUUUGUAUUUAGUCGAGAUCAUUCGAGUCACUUGAAGAGAAAACAACGCAGACAGACGAGCUUUAUUGCCACAAUCCUGUGAAUGGACAUUUAUUCGUGGAGUGAAGCAGUAGCAGCAGCAGCGAUAAACGAUUUGAGAAAUCAUCAAAUCUGAAGAUGUCAGCAAGAAAGGAUAAUUACAAACGGGUCAAAGCAGAGGUCAGGGCCACACUGAAAAGUUUGAAGUCAAAGAAGUUCCGACGAUUUAAACGCCAUCUGUGUAAGAUUGAUAAGAGUGUUGAUAAGAGUGUUAAGAAGAUGGGAGUGAAAGACCUUGUGGCGGUACUGAUGAAGAAAUAUGUAGAAGAGGCCAGUAACAUUGUGUCCUCCAUUCUAAAAGACAGUAAAUUGAGACAAAGUCAACAAGGCUUUGAGAAUGAGGAGAUUCCCAUUAAGGAGGAGAUGGAUGACCAACAGGUGACACCUCUGUCUAAGGCCAACCACACUGGAGGACCACUCGCUGAACACAGAGGAUACACAGCAACUAAUGGAAGCAACGUUUGUGCACCAACGUUUUCUGGUGUUUCAGUUGGAAAUAACCUGAAGAUAGAAAAUAAUUUCCAUGUGUACCCUGGAAAGAUUGACCAGCAGAUUCCACAGUUAAGCCCAGUGCCACUGUAUGACCACAGCAAGGAGAAGGAAAACAUCCUUCACAUCAAAGACAAGAUCAAAAAACGCCAGAAGGUGAAUUCUGAAUGCAUACUAGAGGGUAUUGAAACCCAAAGCACAUCAGUCCUUAACAAGGUCUACACAGAGUUGUACAUUGUCACCUGUGAUUCUACCAGCAUCAAUAAGGAACACGAGGUGUGGCAGGCUGAGACGGCACACCUCAAAGACUUCUCUGAGGCCUCCGUCAUAAAAUGCCAAGAUAUCUUCAAGCCUGCUGAAGACGAAACUAUCAGGUGUGUGGUGACAAAGGGAAUCGCUGGCAUUGGGAAAACUGUGGCAGCUCGGAAGCUCAACUUGGACUGGGCAGAUGGAACGAAUCAAGAAAUCGAUUUUGUAUUCCUCCUAUCUUUCCGGAAGCUGAAUUUGAUAAAAGACCAGCACAGUCUGCAUGGACUUCUUCAGCACUUCUACCCUGAACUUAAAGACAUAAACGUUAAGGAGAUGUAUGAUGAACAUAAUGUUUUGUUCAUCCUUGACGGCCUGGAUGAGAGCCAACUACAACUAAAGUUUGAUGAAAUUGAAAACAGGCUGGUAUCUGAUGUGUCUGAGUCUGCUUCACUGGACGUUUUGCUUACAAACCUCAUCACUGGCUAUCUUCUCCCUAGGGCUCUCCUCUGGAUAACCUCCCGUCCAGUAGCUGCCAAUCAGAUCCCUAGAGACUAUUGUCAUCGAGUUACAGAGAUCAGAGGGUUCAAUGAUGCUCAAAAGGACGAGUACUUCAGGAAACACAUCAGAGAUCCAGAGAUGGCCAGCCGCAUCAUCUCAGACAUAAAAGCAACCCGGAGCCUGUACAUCAUGUGUCAUGUACCGGUGUUCUGCUGGAUGGCAGUAACUGUGCUUCAGGAUAUACUGAGUAAAGACAACAAGAGCGGGCCAAAGCCUCAAUCUUUGCUUACAACCCUCUCUGAAAUGUACAUCCAUUACAUAAGGAUACAAACAAGGAUCAGUUUCGAGAAGCAUGGACCAAAACAGGACAAACGUCGUCCUUUGAUGUCAAACAAAGACAUCAUUUUGAAAUUGGGAAAGCUAGCAUAUCAGAACCUGGUAAGUCAGAAUGUGCUCUUUACAGAACAGCACUUGACAGACUGUGAUAUUAGUGUCGUGGACGCUGCUACAUGCCCUGGCCUGUGUACAGAACUUGUAGAAUUAGAGCAUGGACUGUAUCCAAGGAAGCUGUAUUGUUUUGUACACUUAAGUGUUCAGGAGUUCUUUGCUGCUCUGUACGCAUUUCAUGAAUUUGAAAAUGGCAGGAUUGACUCAGUGAAAGCCUUAAUCAAAAAGAGGAAAGGGAGUACUUUGUUAGAUUUCCUCAAAGGUGUGCUCGACAUUGCAUUAGAUAGUCAAAAUGGACACCUGGACCUUUUCACACGCUUCCUUUUCGGGAUCUCUCACGACUCCAGCCGAGACCUCCUUCAAGACAUUCUGGGAAAAACAACCAGCAGUUCAGAAUGCAACAAAAAGUUAAUCGGAUAUAUCAAGAUGUUGAAAAGGAAGGACCUCUCUCCAGAGAGAUGCAUCAACUUGAUCCACUGUGUGCUUCAGCUGAAGGACCACACCAUACUUCAGAAUGACAACAACCAAGUCUCGCCUUCAGACACACAGCCAACUCCAUUUCAGUGUUCUCUCCUGGCAUAUAUGUUCAUUAUGUCAGAGAAGCCUGAAGAGUUCGACUUCAGGAAUAACAAAGCUUCGGAGGAAGCUUUUCGCAGACUGGCUCCUGCUUUGCUGUCUUGCACUAGAGCGUUGCUCAACUUCUGUGGCAUCACAGUACUGGAGUGUGCAACUGUAUCCUCAGUUCUCCAGUCUGAGAAUUCUCGUCUGUCAGUCCUGGACCUGGGCCACAACAACCUGUGCGAUGAAGGGGUGAUCCGCCUCUGCUGUGGGCUGCGGAACCCCAACUGCAAGGUGGAAACCCUGAAUCUACGCCACAAUCAUGUGGGAGUUGGAGGUGUCAAGGCAAUCUGCGAAGUGCUGACUUGUCCCACCUCAAAACUUCAGAACUUGGACCUCAGCUGCAAUGACCUUGGGGACCCGGGGGGC